UUAUUGAGCCACCAUGCUCUUCAUCAGAGAGAACUAGUCGCUGGCUUUUUUAGCUGGCUGGGAGUGGGAGCGUCGCAAGGCUGGGUAACUUUCUUCGACAAAUGAACGUGAAAAGUUUCAUACGUUGUGGCUGCUGACAUUGUAAUCUACGCAAAGAUUUUUCGAUAUUCGUUUUCAAAUUUUCUUCUUGCCGGCCGAGCUAUUAGAUUCUGUCCAACGCCAAACAACAACCGAUUUAUUUCAAACACCUUCCAUCUUGCAGGUGCCUUUAAGCAGGGAAGGUGUGAACCAAGCAGAUCUACAUUUUCCACCAUGCCUUUAGCCAGUCAAGCUAGGGUUUAUGCAGAUGUGAAUUUGCAUAGAGCAAGAGAAUACUGGGACUAUGAAUCGCAUGUCAUUGAAUGGGGGGAGCAAGAUGACUACCAACUUGUUAGGAAAUUAGGCAGAGGCAAAUACAGUGAAGUCUUUGAAGCCAUCAAUGUAGUUACCAACGAAAAGUGUGUUGUAAAAAUCCUCAAGCCCGUCAAAAAGAAGAAGAUUAAACGCGAAAUAAAAAUCUUGGAAAAUUUGCGUGGCGGAACCAACAUUAUUACUCUACAAGCGGUGGUUAAAGAUCCUGUGUCAAGAACUCCGGCAUUGAUUUUCGAACAUGUCAACAACACGGAUUUCAAGUUACUUUACCAGACAUUGACGGACUACGAUAUUCGGUUCUAUUUGUACGAGUUGUUAAAAGCCCUGGAUUACUGCCACAGUAUGGGCAUUAUGCAUCGGGACGUUAAACCUCACAACGUUAUGAUCGACCAUGAAAAUCGUAAGCUUCGAUUGAUCGAUUGGGGUUUAGCGGAAUUUUAUCAUCCUGGCCAAGAGUACAACGUUAGAGUUGCUUCAAGAUAUUUCAAAGGACCAGAGUUAUUGGUGGACUAUCAAAUGUACGAUUAUUCCCUUGAUAUGUGGUCACUCGGUUGCAUGUUAGCUUCAAUGAUAUUUCGCAAAGAGCCCUUCUUCCAUGGUCAUGAUAACUACGACCAGCUGGUCCGCAUCGCCAAAGUUCUGGGUACAGAAGAACUUUUUGAGUAUCUUGACAAGUAUCAAAUUGAACUUGAUCCAAGGUUCAAUGAUAUCCUCGGCAGACAUUCACGCAAGAGGUGGGAACGCUUCGUGCACAGUGAAAACCAGCAUUUGAUUUCACCUGAAGCCUUGGACUUUUUGGACAAACUUUUACGGUAUGAUCACCAGGAGAGGCUCACGGCUCGUGAAGCCAUGGAUCAUCCUUACUUUUACCCCAUUGUGAAAGAACAGAAUCGACUGGCAAGUUUGUCAACCUCUCCGACACUCUUACCACCUGGAACGUCGGUAGGAGGCGGUACAAGUGGCGGAGCAGGACCAAGCGGAGGUGGACCUUCACAGUAGAAUUCACCGAGAGACAAUUGCCGUGUAGUUGGCUGGGGAAAAAAACGAUUGUACCUGUCAACUAAUAGUGACGUGGAAUUGGGAGUGGAAGAGGUGUUAGUGAAGAGACGAUUUUGUUUCCCUUAACACCAUGAAAAGAAGUGAAUGGAGCUAAAAAAAUAAUAAUAAAUUUAAGUACCAUCUUAUUACAUUACUGUACGUAAAGACGGUUUUCACAUGAACUGCAUCCUGGCCGGUUGAUAAGAAACGCCAAAAGCAACUGCUGUUUAAACACGUGUACAGUCUCUAUACUUUUUUGUGGUGUUCUUUUCCCUAUGUUUAAAGAUUCUGUCUUCUCCUGUUCAUCCUUUUACUUCCCACCACCACCACCAUACCAUGUCAUGUGUACUGCAUGAAACCUAAUAUUUGAACAUUUUUUGUCUGGGUAACGAUGAGUGCCACAAAAGUUCGUCCUCCCGUAAUCCGCUCCUUAAUAUUAAGCGUUCCCCCUUUUAUCAUCACCGGAACUGAACGAGAUCCGCAUCUCUCUCUUGCUUGUAUUCAAAUAUUUGGCAUUUUUGUCGUAUUCUGAUGAAAUUCGUCUCAUUUCCAUAAUUCCUCAAGUCCAUGAACAUUGUAAGUUAGCGAGAGGGAUGCUUAAAAUUACGUUUUCUACUACUAAACAGCUUUGGCUUGGAAGUCCUUGCCAAUUAUAGAUAAUUUUGGGUUCGAGUUUUAAAAGGGAUGUAGUGUCUAAUCGUAUAUUGUGUAAUAAGUAAUCGUCAAUACAAUCUUCAGUUUCGCAAA